UAGAGUCAGUUGCGAUAUAUACGCCAUUGCCAACUUCAUGAAUCCCCUUUGUCCUCCUUUGAUCUUACACCUUCAUCCGAAAGGGAAAGGAAAAGGGAAAGGGAAAGGGAAAGAGAAAAGAAGGAAGGUGGAACGACGAUGAGUUUCCGAGAUGAUACCAGCGCCGAAGAUGGGCUUCGGAAGCCGUUGCUGCACACUGGAAGCUGGUAUCGUAUGAGCUCCAGGCAGUCCAGUAUGAUGGGCUCCUCCGCCCAAAUCCUCCGCGAAUCCAUCUCCAUUUAUCUCUGUGUCCUCAUCGUUGCAUUAGGCCCCGUUCAACUUGGCUUCACUUGUGGCUACUCUAAUCCUACGCAGUCCGAAAUCACCAGCGAUCUUGGACUUACCAUUUCAGAGUUUUCGGUGUUUGGAUCUUUAGCAAAUGUUGGAGCAAUGGUUGGCGCAAUUGCAAGCGGUCAAAUAUCAGAAUAUAUUGGACGAAAAGGGACACUAAUGAUUGCAUCAAUUCCUAAUAUUAUUGGAUGGCUCGCUGUUUCAUUUGCCACUGAUGUCUCAUUUUUAUAUAUGGGAAGGUUGUUGGAAGGUUUCGGUGUCGGCAUUAUUUCCUAUGUGGUGCCUGUAUAUAUAGCAGAGAUUUCACCUAAAAACAUGAGGGGAGUUCUUGGAUCCAUUAACCAGCUCUCUGUAACAGUGGGGAUAAUGCUGGUAUAUCUAUUGGGAUUAUUUGUAAGCUGGAGAGUUCUUGCAGUUUUAGGAAUGUUGCCAUGCAUGAUUUUGAUACCUGGUCUAUUUUUUAUACCUGAAUCUCCUCGUUGGUUGGCUAAAAACGGGCUGAAUGAAGAUUUUGAGACCUCUUUGCAAGUUCUACGAGGAUUUGACACAGAUAUAUCCUCAGAAGUGAAUGAGAUCAAGAAAUCUGUGAGAUCGUCAACUAAAAAAGUUACCAUUCGAUUUUCCGAGCUUAAGAGACGGCGAUAUUACUAUCCUUUGCUGGUAGGUAUUGGACUACUCGCACUCCAGCAACUCAGUGGCGUUAAUGGCGUUCUAUUCUAUUCCAGUAACAUUUUCAAAUCUGCUGGAAUUUCAUCAAAUAAAGCUGCAACAUUUGGUAUCGGGGCUAUUCAGGUCAUUGUGACUGGUAUCUCUGCAUCACUGGUGGACAAGGCGGGACGCAGGCUACUCCUUAUUGUAUCCUCAUCCGUAAUGACCCUUAGCAGCUUCCUUGUGGCAAUGGCAUUCUACCUGAAGGGUUUUACGCCUGAAAAUUGGCAUCCCUUCCUUGCAGUAUUGUCUCUGGUGGGCCUUGUGGUCUUGGUGAUGGCAUUUGGUGUAGGAUUGGGCUCCAUCCCUUGGAUCAUAAUGUCUGAGAUUCUGCCAGUGAGCAUCAAAAGUCUGGGUGGCAGUGUCGCAACGCUGGCCAAUUGGUUUUCAGCAUGGCUUGUUACAAUGACAGCAAAUUUGCUUUUGACUUGGAGUAAAGGAGGAUCAUUCACUAUUUAUGCACUGAUAUCAGCUUUUACGGUGGUUUUCGUGAGGCUUUGGGUUCCAGAAACCAAAGGGAAAACACUGGAAGAAAUUCAGCAGUCCUUCAGAUGAUGCCAAAUAAAUUUGCAGGAAGUAAGGAAGUGCUUGAGACACCUGUUGUAGACGCAAGGUCGCUCUAGGUGAACCAGAUGCCCAGCCUUCUCUAUGCCAUGAAAUGUAG